GUAUGCGUAACUUCUUUUCCGCUCUGCGAAUCCUUCGCACAUGGAUAAAAAGUCGGCGGGGCCCUUUUCUUUCUCCCCAAGUAUCCAAUUAAAUUUGACCGUGGCGACAUAGAUUCCUAAAAGAAGCGCAAAUUGAGGGUAAGCCAAAAUAGAACUUAUGCCUUGUAGGAAUUUCCCCCCAAAUGAAUACUACCCGUUGAGGAUUCCCCAGGUGACAAUUCAAACCAGCAUGCAAUCGUAAAAUGAGGAAAAUAUGGACCCCCAUAAGAAGAACAGAAGAUCAGAAGGCGAUAAAGAACAACUACGAUGAAGAAACGAAGGAGAACUUUGAAAAAUCGCUCCCAAAGGAUUUUAUAGAAAAUAACAGGAACAACAGGAUACCAUACUUCGAAAUUAAGGAAGCCACUUUGAUCGAGCAGAAGGAAAAGAAGGAAGCUCAGAAAAUAUUGGCCCUGGAGUUACGAGACAAGUGCAGGGCCGAAAUUGAUGACUACGUGGAGUGCACAGUAGGAAGGGUGUGGACAAUUCUGCGAUGCAAAGACAUGAUGGUUAAAAUGAGGAAGUGCUUGAAGAAGUAUGAAAAUCUCGAGUAUGUGAAGUUCCGGGAACGGCAAAUUAUCGAGGAGCGGAAGAGAAACGGAACGAGUCUACACAGAUCGGAUGAACGGGCCAGAUACAACAGAUUUGUUUACACGGAUAAAGAAAAGGGCUGGGUUCCAGAAAGGCAAUAUUGAAGGUUCUCCACGGAGGGUCAUGCAACCUUUUUUUUUUUGCGCAGAUUUGUUAGAACAUACUGGAGAAAGCUUGAGUCUCUC